CAUUGACGUGUAGUUUGUUGAAGAUGGCGACUGUUUUGGUGGUGGCUACUUCAACAGCUUCAGAUUCUAAAAAAGAAACAUGUGAGGCCUCUAACCAGAAGGUUGUGACUCCUACAGUGCACAUAAAGCAUCCGUUGCAGAACAGAUGGGCUCUUUGGUUCUUCAAAAAUGAUAAGAGCAAAACCUGGCAAGCCAAUCUUCGUCUUAUCUCCAAAUUUGACACUGUGGAAGACUUCUGGGCACUCUAUAAUCAUAUUCAGCCUUCGAGUAACUUGAUGUCUGGCUGCGACUACUCCCUGUUCAAGGAUGGGAUUGAACCUAUGUGGGAGGAUGAACAGAAUCGACGAGGUGGGCGCUGGCUGAUAACGCUUUCCAAACACCAACGUAAAUCAGACCUGGACCGCUUCUGGUUGGAGACGCUCUUGUGCCUUGUUGGCGAAUCUUUUGAUGAUUAUAGCGAUGACGUCUGCGGAGCUGUAAUUAAUGUCCGAGCCAAAGGAGAUAAAAUAGCCAUAUGGACCACAAACUAUGAAAACAAAGAAGCCAUCACGCACAUUGGGCGGGUAUACAAAGAGAGAUUAGGUGUGCCCCCAAAAGUCAUCAUCGGGUAUCAGUCCCAUGCAGACACGGCGACGAAGAGCGGCUCCACAAUGAAGAACAAGUUUGUUGCCUGAAGACAACUCAUUUCUGCUGGGUUUUUUUACUUCUUUCUCUCUCCCUGGGCUCUACAUGGGUUCUGAAUGUUGCUCCACAGCGACCCAUUGCCCUGCUAGUUAUAUUUGAGUCUUCUACGCACACUGAGAACCAAUGGCAUCGUUUCUCUGUAACUUUGCCAAAUUUAUCCACAAACACUUGAAGUGAAUCAUUUUUGUUUACAGAUGUUCUGUUGCUGGCUGCUUGCAGUCAGCUCUGUAAGUAGUCUUGUAAUUUUGCUUCUGUCCAGCACAGCCGAGUUCAACUGAAACAAAUGUGAGGGGCUUGUAAUUUUGACUUUAGUUAAACCCCUGGUUGACGAGGAGCACAUCCUGAUAUUUUCAUUUCAGCUCCAUUGUGGUGAUGUAGAGAAGCAAAACUGUGACUGCCCAAAUACCCGAGUGUGUUUCCACAUGACUUAGGAAAAAUGUUGGCACAAAUGAUUUUGUUAAAAGUAUGUGAAAUGAACAUAAGGGUAACCGAACAUUCCUCUACUGAGUGCAGUUUGAUUUGGCCAGAUGGCUUUUGUAAUGUUUGUUUGUUGUUGAGCUAAUUUAUGUGAUGUGAACAAGUUGCUGUUUGUGGGGGGGGGGGUUUUCCCAGUCAGGCAGGAAAUGCUGAAAUGUGAAACUUUAGCCUGGGUGUUGUUCUUGAAGAUGAUAAAUGUUUGACACCAAAUUGGACCAGGGACCAUCUUUGAUAUAUUGAAAGUAAAUUUGAGGUGAUAUUUGGGUAUUUUCCUAACCUGUAACUGAACUUUUUUUUUUAUUAUUCCUUUAAUGUUUAUUGCACAGAGGAGCCAUAUUAUAGUUUACAUUUUGAAGAGUUCUACAUUGAGGUUUUGUUAAAUGUCUGUUUUGUUUUGUUUUUUUUCCUCCCCUGCCCCUCCCUGUUCUACCUCUUCCAGACAGGAUGUGUCUGGGAGGACGGGAUUUAAAUGUGCCUUUGGUCAAACUGACUGCUAAAUGUAC